AUGGGGUCGGGCUACUCUACCACUGUUAACAAUAGCUCAUUUGGCACUCACUCCAAGAUCUACGUAGUGGUCAAACGCGGAGAUAUUAUCGAAAUCCAGAUGUCUUGGGGUUACAAACAUUGGGUGAUCUGUGAGUACAAAAGCGGUGGUAAUGUCUGGUGCUAUCACUUGGCACCGGAGGACGGGUCGUCGGCCGCCAAAAUGUUCCUCAGAAAAGUACCACUGCUUGACAUACUGGUAGACGACAAUGGCGAGGGGUUGUACUUGUGUCGGGUGAACAAUCAGGAUGCCAUGGCCGCGGCUAAAGGACUGAUAGCCUUACCACUAGAACUGGUGUUCCCCGUGCUCGAAGCGUUUAAGGACCAUGAGGUGGAGUACGAGCCCUGGCUCCAGAACUCUGGGUUUUACUGCACUCUAUUUAAGUACGGCGCCGGGUGGUCGACACGGGUGACUGUGACUGAGAUGGUCGUCGGUGGUGUGGUUGGCGUAGUAGGUGUGGCGGCUCUAGCCGGUGGCGCUGCGGUUAUUUCUAUGGGGACGAUCACGUUGUUGGCGGUGAUGGCCUACUUUGGCAUCAAAUAUUUCUGGCCCGAGAGAGCCAUACAAAUCGGACACACUAUCAAUGAAUGUGUCAUACAGUUGGGUAAUUGGGUUAGACGUGUGCCCUAUGUCUGCUAAUAAUCCGCUGAUCCUAUUAGUGACUUGGAAACAAAGUACGGC